CAAUCCGAUUAGCUGAGGCGAAAAAGGAAACAGUUUAAUGAUAACGUGACAAUGUUACCGGAAAUUUUAUAACGCACCGUAUACUGUCGUUUAGCUGCUUUUUAUAUUAUUUCUAACGGUUCCAAUGUGCAUGUGCGUAACUCGGUUAACCAAUAACCAAUUUUUUUUAUCUUUAAAGAUAUGAACGCCUCCAGGUUUAAAUAAUUGAUUUUAUUAUCGUAUUUAGUAUGUUUACUAAUGAAGGAGUCGCGAGUGGCUAGCAUUGUUUAUUGUUAUGGAUGCUAGCAUUGGAUCUAUGCUAACAAAAAGUCAGAGACUGGUUCUGGGUUCUUUGGUGUUGAUUUUGGUGGAUGUCAUUUGGGUGUCUUCAUCAGAACUUACAAAGUUCAUAUACAGCAAUGAAACCUUUGAAAAGCCAUUUUUCUGUACUUAUAUAAAAACCUCCAUGUUCACACUUUACCUUCUGGGAUUUCUAUUCUGGCCUCCAUGGAAGGAGACUUGUUCACGACCCACCAAUUAUGUCUACAUAGACCCGGAUCAGGAAGAUGACAAUUAUUACACAGAAGCCAACAGCAGCCUUAGCAACCCGAUAUAUGUGCCAGUCAAAACACCGGAGAGAGAAAAUUUAGACAGAAGCUCAGGCACUGAAAGCGACGACUCUUCAGUACGCUCAGUAAGAUUCAAUAAACUGGCAGAGGUAAGACAUAUGUCGGAAACCGAUGCUACGGAGGCCCUUUUAGCCAGGCUGUCGUACCAGGCAAGUCUGAGGGCUGGGGAGAUAGCGAAGAGGGCCGCUAGUCGACUGCCCAUUUUCAGAGUUGCUAAUAUCGCCCUUAUAUUUUGCUUGCUGUGGUUUAUUGCGAAUUACACAUACCAGGUGGCAUUGUCUGAAACGGAAGCCGGUAUGGUAAACGUAUUAUCUUCCACCUCUAGCCUAUUCACGCUGAUAUUAGCCUCUGCAUUCCCUUCAACGCAAGCCGAUAGAUUUACGUUAUCGAAGCUUGCUGCUGUAUUUUUAAGUAUUACAGGCAUCGUAUUGGUGAGCUUUUCUGAUUUGUCGUUAGAAUCACAAGUUCCGUUAGGGGCGGUGCUAUCGUUGUUUAGCGCCUUUUUUUACGCCACUUAUCUUGUAUUUCUAAGACGGAAAGUUGAUCACGAGGAUAAAAUAAACAUUCCACUAUUUUUCGGGUUUGUCGGCCUUUUUAAUUUAGUUCUAUUGUGGCCUCUGUUCUUCUUUCUUCAUUUUAGCAAGCUGGAGGUAUUCGAAUGGCCCACGAAAGAGCAGAUGAUGCUUUUACUGCUCAACGGUCUAUUGGGAACGGUGCUUUCCGAGGCACUCUGGUUAUGGGGUUGUUUCUUAACGUCCUCCCUCAUGGCCACGAUAGCCAUGAGCCUGACGAUACCCAUGACGAUGCUGGCCGACGUUCUGUUGAAAAAAGUCUCCUAUCCCGUGCUGUUUUACACGGGGACGGUACCAAUGCUGAUCGCCUUCAUGGCUGUGACCAUCCUCUCCCACUAUGAGAACUGGGACCCAGUUUUUAAUAUACUACGUUGUGCCUAUCUCAGCAUUUGUCGUCGGACCAGAUUCAUUCGUUUUAGGUUCAGCGAAAUGCCUUCGGAACAAACCGAGGCCCUAAUAGGCAUCAAUGGAGAGCACGACGUGGCAAAAGUGUGGUAAUUCGUAUACAGGGUGAUUCACUGAAAACUCGUCGAAGUGACAAUUUAAUCAUGGAAAGACAUUUUGUGGUUUUGUAAAAGCCAGUUGAUAGAAUCUCUUUUCAUUAUCAGUUAUCCGGCCGGGAAGUUUCAGGUGAAUCACUCUGAAUUUAAUAUACUCUAAGACCAACCGUGGUGCUUGAAUGAUAUGUGAUCAUUUUAAUAUUUGUCGAAUUGUGAUUUUAUUUGUAUUACUAGGAGAAUUAGACCUUUAUUUAUUAGUAUUUUAUUUUGUUAGCGCCAUUGCGCACUAAACACUGUUUUUUAUAACAAAUAUUUUCUAUACGUCUUUAAAAGAUAUAAAACUAAUUUGUUGCAUCAGCAGAAAAUACAAUCACCCUCAUAAUCUUUUGUAUCGAGCUCUUUAUUUUCGGCAUUUUAUUUAUUAAUAAUAAAGACCUUAAAAACUGAAGAACAAUUUUUUUUGUCGUUAUUUAUCAUGCUCUGUUUAUGUAUAUUGUAUAUAGAAUAUUGAAAAAUCUGGGACAAUCGGCCCGAAAA